GUAGAAACUAACUAACUAACUUAACAAUUUAUAUCAACAAUGGUGCAGGUGUGGUUUAUGGACGAUUCUAAAACGGAUCAGCGCUUGGACCACCAUCGCAGCCCACCUGCUUUCUUGGAAAUAUCCGAACUGCACAAGAAAACUGGCGUAGAGUACUACAAGAUUAAUGCCGAUGACUACCAGAAUGAUCCUCUGCUCAAUGAGCUGCGUGCCAAGCGUGGCUAUACCUAUGAAGAUCAGAUCACCUGCUCGGAAGAAUGCCUGCCGGACUAUGCCAACAAACUGAAAGCGUUCUUCACUGAACAUUUGCAUACGGAUGAGGAAAUUCGUUUGAUUUUGGAUGGAUCUGGUUUCUUCGAUGUGCGCGAUGGUGACGACAACUGGCUACGCAUAAAGGUGGUUAAAGGAGAUCUUAUUAUUAUACCGGCUGGGAUAUAUCAUCGCUUUACUCUGGACAUCAAUAAUUUUAUACAAACUCGCCGAUAUUUCAUCGGAGAACCGGUAUGGGCACCACAUAAUCGACCAGCAGAUAAUAUGGAUUGCCGUAAAACCUAUUUGCAGCAUUUGUCCGAAAGUUUUGUGCAUUUGAAUAAGGCCUAAACCUUGAUGCUAUGUAAUACAUGUUUUUAUACAAAUCCAAGUGCAAUUAAAUAUACCGAAAAACUCGUUUUGAAUGGUAA